CAAUGUAUGUUUAACCUGUCACGUGCUGACACCUAACGUCACUUGUACACACUGCCACUGUCUUCAUUAUUUUCCCAAUCGUAAACAUUGAAUUCCAACUUAUUCACUCGUUAAAACAUGAGUAUCCCAGAGGAUGUGUAUCUACCCUCUGAUGCAGAGUUACAAACGCAAGAACUCAACGUCUCCACACCCAUUCUAAAGGCCGGCGCUGUGCAUCUCGGGCAAGCCUGCCAAUUCGAAAAUAAUGAAUUUAUGCUCUGUAAGAAGGAGACAGGCGAUCCUCGUGCUUGCAUUAAAGAAGGUAAAGCUGUAACAAACUGCGCUAUCAAUUUCUUCCAGCAGGUAAAAGCUUCCUGCUAUGGUGAGUUUAUGCAGUAUGUGAACUGCCUCGACAAGUCUAGUCCUAAUUGUGAUUUUGGACCUUGUCGCCGGACCCAAGGUGUGUUUGACAAGUGUAUGGAAGACAAUUUGAACAUGAAGAGACCUCAUUAUGAUGAGUAUGCAAGAGUGCAAGUGCACAAGGCAUUGAGGCCUAAACCAGAGCCAGAGAAGAAACUGGUGUAUGAUGAUCCUACUCCUUAUCUACCAGAAGGCACGGAAAAACUGCCGGCAAAAUACGGCUCGCGCUAUUUGUUCUCUUGGUAAAAAAAACUGUUUAAAUAAAUGUGUAGUUUCAAAUAUGGAAGUAAAGUAUGAUUAAAAUAGACAUUAUGUAAAUAAAUUCAAACUACAAACCA